AACCUAUUGGUCGACUUGAACUCAAGGACAUUAGGUCAUGAACUUGUAAUUAUGAUAGUUUAAAGGUCAAAAGAACUCUUAUUUUGAUUGUUUCAGUUUUUAACACUUAUUCAAUGUGCUCUCCCUUUAUUUAAAUCAAAGCAAUCAAACACUGGUGGGCAUUGCGCAAUUGGAAGGGCAAGAAGUAUCAAGAGGUUAUCGUCUAGCAAGUGCUGAGGAGUCCUCAGAGAUUGGGUUCAUCCUGUUUUAUCAAAACAAUUAAACAUAUUAUCAUGAACUCAUACAUACUGUGCAAAUUAAAAUUUAUUUUGCGGAAACAACACACAUUGCCUUGUUCUUGAUGAUUGCCACACCUUCCGGCGGAGGGUACCGGCUAUUUCCUGAAAGAAGGCCGGCCUCUGGGAAUUGAAGCCCCGCCUUAUUAACACAAUCUGAUCGGAAAUGGGAGACAUGUCUCCUGAGAAAAGAUCGGGUUGUGGGCUGUUAAACGCGGUGUUUGGGAGGAGGAGCAUAUGGCCGAGAAGAUCAACCUCCACCGGCUCACUUCAAAUGCAGAAUCCCAAUAAUGUCCCCAGAGUUCCCAGCACUCCCAACUCCCCCAAGACCUACUAUUGGGACGGUCCAGACAUUGCCCAGAAACAAUCCUCCCCUGCUGACCGAAUCAUCGCCCGUCCAGGCCCCAACCAUUCGCAGAAUCAGACCCCACCCAAAGUUUCUUCGCAGAAUCAGACCCCACCCGUUCAUCAGCAAAUUCACGCAAACAGCAAGAGAACACCCAAUGUUGGGAAUGAGAAAUAUAAUAGCAGCAGGAAGGUUCCCCAGGGGGCAACAGGGAUAUCAGGGGAGCUAGAGAACAUGAUCUUGGAUAACCAGAGGUCGGCGGCGGGGAAUGUUAUGUCAUUUGGGAGUCUGGGGAAUGUGAGACAGACCGGGAGCAGUAACAAUGGAGAGGAAGAGAGACAGCCCGGGAAGUAUGGUGUGAAGGGCAAUUUGGUAAACAAACAAGAAAGACGUGAUGAAGAAGGGGGUGUGGCAGAGAAGAAACCUGCUGCUGCUGCUGCCUCACUUUGUAGAGCUAUAUCGACGCGGAUGGACCCAGAGGAGUUGAAAAUAUUGGGGAACGAGGAUUACAAGAACGGGAGGUUUGCAGAAGCCUUGGCUUUGUAUGAAGCGGCAAUCUCCAUUGAUCCCAAUAAGGCUUCUUACCGGAGCAACAAAUCUGCUGCUCUCUCUGCUCUGGGAAGACUUCUUGAAGCUGUUUUUGAAUGCAGGGAAGCAAUCCGGAUCGAACCCCAUUAUCAAAGAGCUCAUAACCGUCUCGCCACCCUAUAUCUCAGAUUGGGAGAAGCAGAAACUGCAAUGUAUCAUUACAAACGAGCAGGGCAAGAAGGAGAUCCUGAUGUGAUGACCAAGGCUAGAAAUCUUCAACUUCAUCUCUCCAAGUGCACGGAGGCGAAGAAGCAAAGAGAUUGGAACAGCCUCGUUAAAGAAAGUGGGCUGGCAAUAUCAGCUGGUGCCGAUUCUGCACCCCAGAUAUUUGCGUUGAAAGCCGAGGCACUGAUACGGCUCCAUAGGUACCAUGAUGCAGACGAAACAAUGAAGAAGGCCCCAAAAUUCAGCGUUGAUGAAUGCACCAAGUUUCUUGGUCCUGUUGGUAAUGCAGCCCUCCUGGUCAUACAAGCUCAAGUCAACAUGGCUGCUGGAAGGGUGGACGAAGCGAGGGAGGCAGCGGAAAAUGCAGCCCGGCUAGACUCAAACAACAAGGAAGCAAGCAUAGUGGCUAUGAAGAUGCGGGCGGUGGCGAGUGCGAGAUCAAAGGGUAAUGAACUUUUCAAAGGCGGGAGGUUUUCAGAAGCAUGCAUUGCUUAUGGGGAUGGACUUGACCAUGAUCCCUACAAUGCUGUCUUGUUGUCCAACCGAGCUGCCUGCUGGAUAAAGCUUGAGCAGUACGAGAAAGCAUUCGAGGACUGCAAUGCUGCACUUACUUUCAGACCAUCUUUCACCAAGGCUAGACUUAGGAGAUGUGAUUGUCUCUUCAAGAUGGGGAAGUUGGAAGCCUGUAUUCAAGAUUGCGAGGUAUUAGUAAAAGAGUUGCCUGAAAAUGAAGAGGUUUGCAGUAUGUUAAAAGAAGCAAAGGUGCAGCUAAGUAAACUGCAGGGUAAUGGCAAGUAGCUCCAGAUGAAAACUGGUGUUGACAUUGAAGAUGAAAAGCCAAAUCAGAUGGAUUGAGAUAGAGAGCUCUCGAGUUUGAAACUUGCUACAUAAGAAGCGGAGGGGUGGAACGGUCAUAUUACAUGGCAAAGAAGGGAAAGAAUCAUUUCAGAACCUAAAUUAGGAUUAGAAGUGAAUAGAUUGCACAAACAUUG